CUUUUAUUUUCAUUGCCGGAGAAAAGCGGCAGAAACAAACAAAACACGCGAAUGCUAGCGGCAAGAAGAGAGAGAUUGACCAUCUAAAUGGCAAAAGUUUAGGGUUUGGUUAUCGGAAUCAUUAUCUAAUUCAUUGAGCUUUGACAAUCAGAUUGAGGUUGUUCAAUCAUCGCUCGACAAGGUAACCUCAUUUUCCUAAGUUUUAUCUGUAACCCUAAGCGUAAGCUUUUGUGACUUUAAGGGUUCGGAUCUGAGAAAAUUCGUACAUUCAUCGUAUCUCAAUUGUCAGGUUCUGAUUGUUUAUCUGACCAAUCAUUUUUUCAUUUUUGAAAUAAUUAUCGAUUGCCGAGUAUAUGCGGAUGAAAUUAUCUAAUGCGGGUGGAUUUCUUAAUUUUAUGGUUUGAUGAUGAUUGGGAUUCUGGUAUUGGAUUGGAUUGAGAUUUGAAUUUUGAGGAUUGGGUUGUUAAAAACAUUGAUUUCGUAGUUAAUUGGGGUCUGGAAGAUGGCAUAAUCUAGAAUUUUGAGACGCUUGAGAUAUUGUUGAGGUGGAUUAGGGUUGCUGUACAAAAUCAAUGUUUGAUGCGUGGUGUUAGAAUUUUGGUGCAAUGGUUGAAAUAGCAGAAUCUUCUGAUUCCGGGACUGGAUUAUUCAGCUCCACUUUGGGGACAAGUAGGUCUUUUCGCGAAGAAGAUAGCUUUCAGAGGCAAGUGUCGAAUUUUGGGGGUAGUGGAUCCAGGAAUACAAGCCCACUAGGACGUGUUGGUUCGAGAAACACUAGCCCGUCUAGACAAAAGGUGGUUAAGACAAAACCUCGUGGAUUAGAUGAGGAGACUUUAGCCACUUUUGGUAAGCCUAUUCAACCUGAUAUUCAGAUGGAAGAUAAUAUUUGGGCAAUGCUGCCAGAGGAUUUGCUGAAUGAAAUCCUAGCUAGGGUCCCACCAUUCAUGAUUUUCCGGCUCCGGUCUGUUUGCAAAAGGUGGAAUUCUAUAUUGCAAGACAGUAGCUUUUUGAAGUUCCAUUCUCAGGUGCCACCUCAUGGACCUUGUCUUCUUACGUUUUGGAAGAACUCACAGACCCCACAGUGCUCUGUGUUUAGCUUGCCGCUGAAACAAUGGUUCCGGAUUCCAUUUACAUUUUUACCACAAUGGGCAUUCUGGCUGGUUGGUUCUUCGGGGGGGCUGGUUUGUUUCUCUGGACUAGACGGAUUAAUGUUCAAGACUCUAGUUUGCAAUCCCCUAACGCAGACUUGGAGGAUGUUGCCAAGUAUGCAUUACAAUCAACAAAGGCAAUUGAUCAUGGUUGUUGAUAGGAAGGAAAGAUCAUUUAAAGUUAUAGCCACUAGCGAUAUCUAUGGUGACAGGUCUUUGCCAACCGAAGUAUAUGACUCAAUGCAUGACAAGUGGUCAGUUCACCAGACAAUGCCUGCUGUAAAUCUUUGCUCCUCGAAGAUGGCAUUUUGCGAUUCAAGACUGUAUUUGGAAACUCUCUCCCCACUUGGCUUGAUGAUGUAUCGGCUAGAUACUGGACAGUGGGAACACAUACCAGCAAGGUUUCCACGCUCUUUAUUGGAUGGUUAUCUCGUUGCUGGCUCCCAGAAACGGCUAUUUCUGGUUGGAAGAAUAGGUCUUUAUAGUACACUUCAAAGUAUGCGAAUUUGGGAGUUGGACCAUUCAAAAUUCAUUUGGGUUGAGAUAAGUAGAAUGCCACCCAGGUACUUUCGAGCUCUCCUGAGAUUGUCAGCAGAGAGGUUUGAAUGCUUUGGGCAGGACAAUCUGAUCUGCUUCACAUCAUGGAAUCAAGGAAAAGGCCUUCUUUAUGAUGUGGAUAAGAAAGUAUGGUCUUGGAUUGCUGGUUGCGCUCUGAAGUCGUACAAUAGCCAAGUCUGCUUCUACGAGCCAAGAUUUGAUGCAUCAAUCUAUUAAUUCAGCAGCCAAUCAAUUGGGAGAUCAGAAGCCGGAAGUAGCUCUCUUGCCAGUUGUCUACUUCAAGCUGCACUUUACUUGCCCUUUUUGUCUAACCCAUAUUUCAGAAAUUAAGGAUCUUUCAUCUGUGGAGUAUAUAGAUAAGAGAAGUUCAAUUUGACGGUGUUCUAUUUUUGGACCAGGGGGUUAAUUGAAUCACGAAGGACAUUCACUUUUGCUUUGUUCAUGGAAUGUUUAACGUUAGGCACGAGGGCGACCAGUCGAUCACAUCUGUAGCAUAAUUGUAAGACAAUUUUCUUCUUCAACUCAUGCAAUUUUAUGUAAUCAAUUGUUACUGCUUACAGGAUUGUUGAUUUUCUUGAAUGACAUAUGCUUUGGUGCA